GUUUCGACAUAUUUCGAGUUUUCCGAGCUGGUUAUUGUUUGUUUUUGAGCUCAUUUGAUUUUCAAUUGGAAUUAUUGUGAUUAUUUUCUGAUUACCUGGGUAUUAAUUGGGUUUGGGAUUGAUGUGGGAUUUGGAUAUCGUUAUUGGGUUACCUCCGUUUGGUUGCUGAAAAAAUUUGGAAAAAAUGGAUGGAAAAAAAGGGAUGGAAAAAAUACUCCUUUUUGUGUUCCGAAUUUUUUAUUUCUGAGCUAAUUUAGCUCAAUGUAUAUUUCGUGAUUUGGAUAUAAUUUUCUGCUGAGAAUGCUUCAGAAGGGAAAGACCUAAUUUUUGUGGAAAAAUGGUUUCUUGGGAUACUUUUAAGUUAAUUUUUUGGUAAAAAUUGAGAAUUUCCAUUAAUUUGACGAUCAAUGAAAAAUGGAAAGUGGUUAGGUGCCUGGUUCAUUUUGUAUUUUGAAGAUGCAAAAUGCAAGCUGAAAAUGGAAUUUCAGAAUUGACUUCUUAUGGUGUUUGGAAAGAGGAAGCUUAUAGAGAAACCGGACGAGUUCUUUACCAGACGCUGCUCUAACUAUGAGAAUGCCCACAAACAACUGCCCGUUUGGCUUUAGUUUGCGUGAAAGGCGUGUGUUUGUUCGUGAAUUUGCAUUUUUCCAUGGUCUUGCUGUGCUGCGAGGUAUGUAUAAGAACCAAUUGCAGGAGUUGGCACAGAGAAGUUGCUUCAAUUUGCCAUCUUAUUCAUGCAUUCGGGAAGGACCAGAUCAUGCUCCUCGAUUCAAAGUAACUGUCAACUUCAACGGAGAUACUUUUGAAAGUCCUACAUUCUGCCCUACUCUUAGACAGGCCGAGCAUGCUGCAGCGGAGGUAGCAUUGAACACACUUGCAAAAAGAGGCCCUUCCAGAGCACUGGCUGCAAGAGUAUUGGAUGAAACGGGGGUUUAUAAGAACUUGCUUCAGGAGACUGCUCACAGAGCUGGGUUGAACCUUCCUGUUUAUACAACUGUUCGAUCUGGACCAGGCCAUGUGCCUGUGUUCUCAUGUACAGUUGAGCUAGCAGGAAUGAGCUUUACUGGGCAACCGGCUAGGACAAAGAAACAAGCUCAGAAAAAUGCUGCAAUGGCUGCUUGGGCAGCCCUGAAAAGAUUGGCUCAACGUGACUCAUCUUCUUCCUCGGUGGAGCCUAGAGGCAAUGAAGAACAGGAACAAGCCAUUAUUGGUCGUAUUCUUGGAAGUUUGCGGCCAUCUGAGUCUAUUAAUACUCAAAAUGAUCGCCGACAUGGACAGCAAACAUACAUUCCCAUCUUCCAGAAAUCCACUCUGCCAACACCAAGCUUAUAUCCUUUGCAAAUCUAUAACUGGGGUUAUUCUAAUUAUUCCCCUGAAAUAGCAAUGUACGAAUUGUGGCAGCAAGAGCAAUUAUUACAGCAACAAAAUCGCCUGCUGGCACUUCCUGUUUCACCAGUUAUUCCAUCUAUUCCUCAGAUAUAUCCAUUUAUGCAAUCUGUGCUUCGCCCGGAUCACUGUCUAUACUUUCCAGCAAGAGAGCAAGAGCCGACCUCAGCAGGACCCAGAAUUACAAUUGCUACCUCAGGCCCAUCAUUUUGCUUCUCAAACCAUUUGCUUCCUAACCCGCCAAUCAGGGGCAAGUCCACGGUGACUAUUCGAGAGAUACAGGAAGAAAAGCCAGAAGAAUCACCCGGGUACUCUCCUUCCGUAGUUUCAGAUCCCUUUAGUCCCGGAAACAGUGGCGCUGAAGUCCAGGAACAAGUUCAGCUUGAGAAACAGAACCUAGGAGAGUUAGAAAGCAAAAUUGGAAACCUUCAGCUGGAAUGCAACAACCCAACUGGGCAGCCUGGACAUGCUCACCCUAGAAUCAUGGAUUCUAGUUUUAGGCCAGUUGACUUUAGAUUACAGAAUCCUCGUGGUUUCGACUCUUGUAGGCCCAAUUUGAGACCCCAAAAUCCUCCAAGAGUAAGUAGUGCUAGAAUUCUAAGACCGCCAUCUGCUGCCGAACCUGUAAUAAUCAGAACUGUAAGGCCCUCUUCCUCUCCGGGGUCUAGACCACAAAAUUUUCCAAGCAGGAAUCCCGCUCCACCAAGAAUGAGAACUGGGAUCCCUUCAUCUUCAGCCGCACAAUUGCCUGAAAGAAUGCAACUGGGAGGACUGCGACCUAGCUUCAUGGCACCUGCUGUUCGAAUUAGAUCAGUUGUACCAGUUUGUUCAGCUCCACCAGCAAGAAAAAUGCCUAGUCCCAGCCAGGAGAGAGUGUUACCCGAGAUGGAGAAGAAGGAUGCUAAUAGAGACGACAUGCCAAAAGAACGUUGAGCUUGGUAAGCUUCAUAUAUAAUCCGAAAUUCCAAAUAUACAUAAUACAGCAGUUCUGAUAGAUUUGAAUAGUUUAUCUUGUGAGGAAAUAUUUACUGGCAUAAGUUGUUAGACAACUAGCUUGAUAUAAUUCUACGAUGCAUGGACAUGGUGGUAUUCCCUUGUAUUCCCGUGUUGUGUUGUGUCAUAUUCCCUUGUGGUCGUACAACCAUUCUUCUUGUUAAUUUGACGUAUUUCUAUAUCGUGUCAUAUUCCCGUGUCCGUGUGUCAUGCAUCGUAGGUAUAAUCUAAAGGGAAUGUUGAAUUUUAUUUGUUUACAUUAAUUCAACAAAACUGUGUUUGAAGUAUACAAAUAUUCAGUGCGAAUGGAAGAACAAACAUCAGUCA